CGCUAAAGAAAUGAAGCACCAAUAACUAAAUUAAUGUAAACAAAGAAAGAAACGGUAAUGUAAUACGCUGCGAUGCUUGCGCUGCAAAAAUUCAUUGGCUUAUCAUUGGAACAGACAUGUUUCGGUUUCUAUAGAACCAACAAUUAUUGCAAAUUAUGAGGUAAUGACAGUUUGAAUAUAAAACUGCGGUCUAGUCAUUUGGAAGCGCUCAGUCGUUGACAGUCAGUUGAUAGUUACGUGUUUCAUUAUUGACUUGUAAAAUAAAUUGAAUUUUAUUCAACGUAUUCGUUCCAGUUCUAAACAUGUGUGGCUAUUACUUUGCUAAAUAUCUCCAAAUUAUUUUGGGUUCGUUAUGUGUUUACAUCAACUACCGCUGCUUCCUCCAACUUCAGUCCAUUUCAUCGGGAUGGGAGCUAAUGUUCCACAUAAUCACGGCUGCAUUUUUGAUCAGUACCACCAUUUUAUUGUUGACAAUGAGACGUGUCAACUCCGGAAAAAGUGAUGAACGCAUUCACGAUUCAUUUGCUGCGAUUUGCCUCUUUGUCGCUUCCAUUUGCCUGCUGAUUACAAUCAAUGGUGAUAAAGAAAACGUAUUGAACAAAGACAUUGGCGAACAAAGUUAUUUCGAACAAAAGCUGCAAAAAUUUGGCAAAUAUUUCAACAAAGUAGCCGGACCCAGUCCAGUGGACACAUUUACCAAUAAAUACAAAAGAAAUUCCGUUUAUGAUGCGUACACAUUGGCUGGCUUGACUGGUUUAGUGAAUGCGUUACUCUAUUUGUGUUCAAGUUCGUUGAAGCCGAAAUCAAACAAUCAAGAUCAAGUGGUCAUAAUGACGGACUUAUCGCCAAAACAAGCUUUCAUAUAAACAGUGAAUUCAUGGUGUAGUACUUUUGUGUCGCAGCAGCAGAAUCCAUUCGAAAUGUAUCGCAUCUCGGAAACAACAACCAAAAUCGUAAUAGUAGCAGAUACAUAACGAACAGUUAUAAGGAUUUAAGUCACUUAAAAUGAUUUUUUUCAGUAAACAUCAUAUUAUUCAAAAAAAAAAAUAGUCGAAAAAUGCAUGAGUCUUUGCAUUUAUUUAAGUUUAACUCAAUCAAGUUAAAGUUUAUUUAAGUUAAACUCAAGCCCAUAGGCCUCAAAUUAUUAGCAUUGCGAUACGUUGCGAAAUAUGAACAAAUAAAGCAUAUCAAAUUGAGAAGCCAAAACGAUAAAGUAUCGCAAAAUGUAAUUCUUAUCCAGAACCGUUUUCAUUUUUACAUCUUAAAAGCGAAUUGUCGGAUAUUCAAGAAAUUAAUCGUAUUAUACGUAGGAAUAUUUUAUUUACGGGCACACCAUUGUGAACUGUAUUCAAGCGUUUUGCAUAUGCAUAAAUGCCAUAUUCAUAAUCAAGCCUUUUAUCUAUAAAUCAUUGAAUUUUCGAAAACGUCAUUGCGAAAAAAGCGAUAAAAACCAGAUUAUUCGUAGAAUUUUUAUUUCCUUUCAACACAUUUAAUAUGGUUCAUUAAAAUUCGAUGAGUGUAUUUAAAUAGUUACAAAGUAAAUAUGAAGCUCAUUUAUUGUUUUGUCUUCAAAGUGCUCGGUUAAAUUGAAAAUAAGAAAUAAACCAGUUUGAAACAAA